GAAGUGACCACCAGACAAUUGUAUCCAAAAGCCUAAUCCACCGAUUCCAAACCCUAAACGGUGAAACAAGAAACAAUGGCUGAAGCUCAAGAGCGUUCCCAUGGCUCCGAUUCAUCUCCCCUAAAGUUACCUCCUUUCAUCUCCAACUUGUUCCCUUUUCUCAAACCUAAGCCUCCUGUUACUACUACCGAUGCAAAUGGUGGUUCUAAGGCAGUCUCCGGAGAGAAGGAACCUCAGAACUCGGUUGUCUCUUUCCCUUACAAUCCACCCAAAAGCGCAGCAGAGCCCCUGAAGGUUGAGGUUGAGCCCAGCUCCGGCAGGACUUCCAACUCCGUCAUCCUUUGGCAGGUAUAUGCACUUGGAGGGUUUCUUGUCCUCAAGUGGGCCUGGGCGAGAUGGAAUGAGAGGAACGAACGAAGUGACAAGAAGGAAUCGACGGGUGAUGAGGAUCAACCUUCUCAACGGGAAGAUGAUGAUGAUCAAUCUUCUGAUGAGCAUGAAGACUAGUCAUAUUUCAUGAACACGAUGAAAAUCCCAUGUUGGUUCUGUAUAGCAAAAAUACACCGAAAACUUAAGGGUGAAGAUUUCUUAUUUUCCAUUGUACGUACUUUCGAGUCUUGAAUUUCAUCUCCUUCUGUGAGGAAUAUAAUUCUCUUACGCUCUCAAAGAAAAAAAAAAGAAAAAAGGUUUAUGUUCACUUUU